CGGCGGAGAGUGAGUGGAGGGAGAGAGGGACAACACUCUUCUGACUACACAAACAUCGAGUUUAGACUCCGGGAAGAGCAGCAACAGCACCGAACACAAGUUUUCUAAGAUGGGGAGCAAACUUUAGAGGCUCUCUGUUGGAGGGGGUGGGUGGGAGACGCCGAGGUGUUGACGGGGCAGACCGCUCGGGGCUCAACAUGGAUGUCCGGGGAGAGACGCUGCGGCGGCUUUGAGGAGGAAUUAAGGCCGUUUUCUGGGUUAUUUCUAGUCGAGCAGUUCAUCUGACGGAGCUCAGGAGGAUUUUAAAGCUACAGACAAUCUAUCCAGGUUUAUAAUUGGAGGCAAUCUGAGUUUCUGCAGCUAGCUAUUAGCUGAGAUGUUGAAGCUGUGGAGGCGAGACGUGCCGCUGUCAGAGAGGCUUGGGGAAGACUCUCCUCUCGUGUCGGUUCCCGGCCCCCCACCCACUGCAGGCCCCAUGGGUCCAAACAUCUCGUGGCUCCCUGAAGCCCCCUUGCUGGGGCAGGACCAGCCCAUCUUCCUGAUGACUCCGGCAGCGCAGGCUGUGUCGGGCUUCUUCGUGUGGACUGCGCUCAUCCUCACCUGUCACCAGAUCUACAUGCACCUCCGGUUCUACAGCUCACCCAGGGAGCAGCGCCACAUCGUGCGGAUCCUCUUCAUUGUCCCUAUCUACGCAUUCGAUUCCUGGCUCAGCCUCCUCUUCUUCACCAACGACCAGUACUAUGUCUACUUUGACACAGUCAGGGACUGCUAUGAAGCUUUUGUCAUCUAUAACUUCUUGAGUCUGUGCUAUGAGUACCUGGGAGGAGAAAGUGCCAUAAUGGCUGAAAUCCGAGGGAAGCCCAUCGAGUCCAGCUGCAUGUACGGCACCUGCUGCCUGAGAGGAAAGGCCUACUCCAUCGGCUUCCUGCGCUUCUGCAAGCAGGCCACUCUGCAGUUCUGCGUGGUCAAACCGCUGAUGGCCGUCAUCACGGUCAUCCUGCAGGCGUACGGCAAAUACAAGGACGGAGACUUCAACGUGGCCAGCGGUUACCUGUACGUGACCAUCAUCUACAACAUCUCGGUCAGCUUGUCCCUGUACGCCCUCUUCCUCUUCUACUUCGCCUGCCGGGAGCUGCUCAGCCCGUACAGUCCCAUGCUCAAGUUCUUCAUGGUCAAGUCGGUCAUCUUCCUCUCCUUCUGGCAGGGCAUGCUGCUGGCCAUCCUGGAGAAGUGCGGGGCCAUCCCUCAGAUUAACUCCCUGGAGGUGUCCCUCGGCGAGGGCACGGUCGCCGCCGGCUACCAGAACUUCAUCAUCUGCAUCGAGAUGUUCUUCGCUGCGCUCGCCCUGCGUCACGCGUUCACCUUCAGGGUCUACAUGGACAAAAGUCUGGACUCCCACGGACCUGUUCCUACAUAUGGACAGUUUGGCCGCAGCGCCCCCAUGAAGAGCAUCUCCAGCAGCCUGAAGGAGACCAUGAACCCGGGCGACAUGGUCCAGGACGCCAUCCACAACUUCUCCCCGGCGUACCAGCAGUACACCCAGCAGUCCACGCUGGAGCGGGGGGCGGCGCCGCCCGCCUCGCGCACCCACAGCGCCGUCGGCGCCCGCGGCGACACCGAGAAGACGCUGCUGCUCAGCUCGGACGACGAGUUCUAACUGGGACGCUGGAGCGGGGUCGGCCCGAACGGGGGGGGGGGGCCGAUCGCCACCGUUCUCCUCUUGUCGGAACUCAGUGCGAGGGAAUCUGUCCCGCAUCCACACCUCCCGGGCGUCUGCGAGUCGCUCUCGUACGUUAUGAAUCAUACUUGACAUUUCCAACGAAGGUUUUUUGUGGUUUUGGUGAAACAGUCAUAUUUUCUUAGUCCAUGUGACUUUCACACCAUCCCAGUCUCUGGUGUUGUGUUUCCUUGUUGUUUCACUCUGGUUUGGAUUUCGAAAGCCGUCAUGUGGCCUUCGGCUUGCGCCGCUCGGUGUUGGUUUGGCCUCAGCGGGGGUCACAGGAGUCACUGAUAUUGACACACGGAUGAGAGCAGCUGAUAGAUUAUCCGGUGCAUCUGCUCCGGGGUGGGGGGGCACGGAGUGUGUAGCCGCUCAGGAUUAGAUAAGCGUUGCUUUGAACGGCUGAGAUUAACGCCCGUCCUCAGAUAGCAGGCCUCUGUCAGCCACAAUGUAGGUUAAAUGGAUGAAGGAGGAGAACGGCAGAGGGAUAUCGGUUCCAGCUGACAGCAGAGAGCCGGUGUUUUCUUUGUUCAUUUGGGGUUGAGGUUAUCUUGGCGCUCGCUGUCAGGCUGAUAUGAAAUCUAUUAGCUAGCUGUGUGUGGUUAUUUCUGUCAGCAGCAAAGUCUUAAAGAGGAUUUUCAUCGGUCGCAGCUCGACUGGGAAAGCUUUUGAUGACUUCCGGUCAUAAAACUGAUGACUUGUGUUUAAAAAUGUCCGUGUGCUCAUCAGAGAAGUCUGUAAACGUGCAGCAGCUGACAUGAUGUGAUUACUGAAGCCAGUAACAGCAGGAGCUUUUCAGAAAAACUCGCUUUUUCAGCGUGCAGCAUUGAGCGGGUGUUAUUUGACACCAGUCUCCCUGGACUUGUUUAAACACUGCUGUGUCCAUGAGUGACAUGAGGGGUAAAAUCACAUGUUGGAAAUCCACCGGACUUAACACAUGGUCAGAUCACAGCACCAAACAUUCGUGCGCUUUGGGAAUCACAUGACCUUUAAAGUAGCGGGUUUUCCCUGUUUUUUGUUGUUUUUUUUUCUUCAAGUCAAUGUACUCAUCUGAACAGGAAGUCAGUGUUAUGAACACUUUUUGCUCAUGGCACUCCUCAUCCUAAGUUUUAACGGUGAACAUGUGACCAUAUUUGUUCUGUUCUCUUCCGGGCAGCCUUUCAUGUGUUAGUUGGUUGAAUUUCACCACCGGAGCUGGUUAUUUUUAUUUUCUUAAACUCCUGGUUGGAGUUUUUGAGUCAUGACAGUGAGUCACGAGCCAACCUGCCAACAUGUUUACUCAGCUUUCACUCCUCUGCUGUGGCUCUGCGUGAACACCAGGGGGCCGUGCGGGCGGUCGCUCACGUGGAAGCAGCCUCUCUCUCCACUCAGCUGCCUAUUCUAAGACAUUUUACAAACUACAUUAUUUUUAGAGACGCUGAAGACGACCCUGUGUCUUCAUGUUACAGUUUCAAAGCAACACAAUCAGAAAGAGUCUCAUUUCACUUUGACUGCCAGUAGUAACUCCUGCACUCUUAUUAUUUUUUUGCAAUGUUAUGUGGUGAGUUUUUUUGCAUGUGAGUAUAUGUUGUACAGUUUUAAGUGCUCUCUACAGGAGGUGUGUUGAAAUAGUCCUAUAUGCUGUUAAAGAUUAAGCACAGGAGAGAAAGAGAUCUAAUUUUUUUAUGACAAUAUUUUUAGUUCUUUGUACGUUAUAAAGUUACUCACGCUGCUACUAUUUUGUCAAACUGAUAAAUCUGAAAAUAAAAUAGCCUGUAUUUAAGU